AUGGCGAGGAUUGUACGACUGCAGAGUAAAAUCGGUCAACUUAAAGAAGAGUUUUUUAGAAGAAACAGGAUUGCUGAGGAAUUCAGAGAGAAAGAGACUUUUGCAGCUAUUCGGAUACAGAGCUGGAUCAGAGGUUGCCAAGUGCGGGCUUAUCUCAGACACCUCCAUAGAAAUGCCACCGUUAUACAGAAGAUAUGGCGUGGUUUCCGAGCAAGGGUUCACUUCAGACAGAUGCUGAAGACAGCAUAUUUUAUGAUGAAGAUGAAUUUCUACAACGAGAUGGCUGUCAGGAUACAGCGAAGAUGGAGGGGCUACUAUGUGAGGAAGUACAUGCACAAUUACCAUGCACGGAAGAGGUACCUGGAAGGCUUGAAACAGAAGAAUGAACAGGUCAGGAAGGAUCUGGAGGAGUUUGCGGAGCUGCAGAGGAGAGUGAGGGAGGUCUCUACACUGGAGAGGGAGGAGCAGGAGAAGCAGCUCCAGGCCCAAAGGAUGCACUUCCUCCUCAGUACCCACCAGAGCCCUGGUGUGUUCAACUCCCCGUACAGAGACCAACCUCACGAAAUGGAGCUGAGAAUGAGGAGCGUGAGGCCCCUGCUCGCCAGGACUCUUCCCAGAAAGAAGGAGCCGCUCCUGGGAGGCUGUGAUCCUACCAGCCCAGGGGCUUCCCUGGAUCUCCACGCUAACCAACCUCUGCCUCCCAUUCCCUCCAAGAAGCCUCAGGGGCCGUUCCGGGACCCAGCAGAGGUGCAGCGGCAGCGAUGGCGGGCCCCGGAGCCGACGCUGCGCACGGCCACAUCCAUCACUGCGCUGGAGGAGGCCAGAGAGGAGCUGCUCCUGUGGGAGGGGGCCGGCCGCGUCUGCCACCAGCCAUUCUACCCUUUUGCUAAUGCACACAAGAACAGGAAGUACGAGAGGAUGAUCCACACCUUCACAGCGUAUGACCCAGUGCCUUACGGAACCAAAAACUUCAGAGAGGAAAACCCGGAAAAACUCAAAGGGAAAAAGCCAUUCAAAACUGUCUUCACAACCACCCAUGUCUUUGACAAAUUUGGACGUCUCUAUUCCAACGCUGGUAAAAUAGUGUGA